GAAAAUCUUUUUCAAUGAUUUUCGGAUAAGAUUUGUAGUUUUGUGGUAAUUUAUGGAGUAGUAUAAAUCGGUAAUUAAGCUGAUAACCCAAAAAUUCUAAGGAAACGAAUCAUCACGUAGAACUCUAUAUAUCGUAUCGUGAGUUCGAGCACUCCGCGAAGCUUAAAACGCUUUGUCUCCAUUUUAUUUUUUAAAUCUUAAACGUUUUUUUGUGAAAAAGUUAGUUUUUUUUUGAGUUUCCGGUGACUCACAGUCGUCAAAGGGUUAAUUGGACUUCGUUUAUGACUAUUUUUUUAUCAUUGUAUGAUUCUUUUAUCUUUUUUGUCACUUUUUCUCGUGCGAUUUCCGUUGAAAUCUUUAUGUUUAGAACGUUAGAAUUGGUGAAUUUUAUCACUAGUUUAGAAAUGGUGAAUUUGUCAUAACCGCACCGCAUCAAUAUUCACCUCACGGUAAGUUUCGUUUCCCUUCCAUCUGUUUUUUCAUGUUUUGUCGUUGGGAAGUUGCCGGAAAGUGAAUUUAUUUCAACAAUCAUAGUGACUGAUAUUCCAAAAAAUCCCCUUAAAAAGAUGGCUAAGCGUCUGAAACUCGAAAUUAUCGAAGAAGCGCAUUAUGAGAAAAAGGAUCCUGUAUUUUCUACGACGCUCUUUGACCUUCCUGUGCAGGAUAUCGCAUGUACCCAUAUUGCAAAAUAUUUGAGUGUGGAGGAUAUCUUCAACUUCAGAGAAUGCUCCCCGGAUUGCCUGAAUCUAGGAAAUGAGAUACUUGCAAAUCUUCGGGUUAUUUUAUUAGAGGACUAUGAUUUGUGUAUUCCUCAUAGUUCUAAAGGCCGUGUGAUCAACAAUGAAUAUUAUGCGUUGAUUAAAUAUUGCAGAAAUCUGCAAAAACUUACGCUGAAACGCCUCAGGUAUGUUACAAGCGCAAUACUUUGUGGUCUUCUACGGAACAAUCCACAUCUCAGAGAUAUAACAAUCGAAUCAUGCAAGACAAUCUACUACCGACCUCUCUAUACGAUUGCCGUAAGAUGCAAGAACUUGACCAGGUUGUCACUAAGUGGCAUGUACUGCAAUGAACGCUUCCUGUAUAUUCUUGCCAAGCACAAUACCAAUCUCGUGGCACUGGAAAUUAUUUGUAACAAAAGAACAAUUUCGCAAAAAUGCCUUGAGGAAUUCUUUGCGAAGCAACCAAAUUUGGAAUGGAUCAAUCUUGAAAAACUCACACCAUGCUUCAUGAGGGACAUAUCACCAGUUUUGGCAGUAAUUGCAGGAGUCUGUCGCAACUUGAGAUACUUGAACAUUUCCCGUUGUCCAGGUGUGGAAAAUGAGUCUUUGAUAAAUAUUGCAAAGAGCUGCCCUAAAAUGGAAAAAAUAGUACUGUAUUUGGUUGAUGAAUAUGACUAUUCUGAUGAUGAAUCCAUUGACACAUAUUAUUCCGACGAUUCGCAUAACUACGCCAAGGUAUCCAAAGGUACCUACAGAUUUCUAAAAAGCAAGAAUAUACAUGUUCAAAUAAAUUAUUGAAGAGUUUAUGAAGUCCUAAUCCAGAACUACAAGUUUAAAAAUAGCUUGGCGCCUCCUUGCUUAUUCUAAUUCCAUUUUUUCCGCUAAAAAAUACUAAUACAUAUCUAUUUUUAUUAUUAAUGUAAUAUGAAUAUCAUUCGAUUUUGAAAUAAAAAAGAGAACUGAAUAUUAAUAAAAUUAUUAUU